AGGAGCUAUUGCCGGCAGGCGGUGUGAGGAUUUAAUAAAAUCCAACUAGAGCAAGAAAUCUCAAGCACAAUGAAGGAGAGUCAUUCAAGAAGAAAACAACGAAAGCCAAAAUAUAAGUAAAGGAGCCAAUUAACUUGUGGUCUUCUUCGACAUUAUAAAACACAGAGAAAAAAAAAAAAUACAGACAAAUAAACCGGAGCUCUGCGAAGGGUCACAGUCUGAGCUAUACAGCAAAGAAGAGGCAGCACGAGCCCGUCUAAAAAAACGAAUAAUAUUUAAAAAAAAUAAAAAAUAAAAAAACUUAAGAGUAAGCGAAACUGCAGGAGAGUGACUGUAUGAUCAAUAAAGACGCGUAGAAGUACAAGGACAGUCUUUUUGAAGGAAAAAAGUAACGUUUUUUUUUUCUGUGGAAUUCCGGUGGUAAUUUAAGAAGCAUCCAGAUCCGAAGAUAAUACGGGGUGAAAAAGGAGGAAGAAAAAAAAAAAAACACGAUAGAAAAAAGGAAAAUUGGAAUAGAAACAAAAGAAAACAAAUAUACAAGUGGCAAGAACGAAAUGGGACAGGGCUUCUUGACUGGCCUGUAAGAAUGUAUCCGCUUCAGAGAGAGAGGGAGCAGCCGAUUUUCAGUGCUAGAGCACACGUGUUUCAAAUCGACCCUACGACCAAGCGAAACUGGAUCCCAGCCAGCAAGCAUUCCGUUACUGUGUCCUUCUUCUACGAUGCUACAAGAAACGUGUAUCGGAUCAUCAGUGUGGGGGGCACCAAGGCGAUCAUUAACAGCACCAUUACUCCCAACAUGACGUUCACUAAAACCUCCCAGAAGUUUGGGCAGUGGGCAGACAGCCGAGCAAACACGGUGUAUGGAUUAGGCUUCUCUUCAGAACAGCAGCUUCAGCAGUUUUCAGAAAGGUUUAAAGAGGUGAAAGAGGCGACGCGCCUCGCGAGGGAAAAAUCUCAGGAUAAACCCGUGCUGAGCAUUGCUGCACCGCAGAUGUCACAGCUGUCUCAGGAUAUGUUGGAGGACCUGCAGUCCCCUCCUGUCCUCUGCAUCAAUGGCCCGGGCGAGGAGAAGCUGUACCGGAGCCAGAGCGUUGACAUCGAGCUGUCUUCCGAGAAAGAACGCAUUAAGAAAAUGCUGUCCGAAGGGUCAAUCUGUGAGCUGAGCUGGGAGGCAGAGUUGUUCACACUGCAGGACAACAACUCCAAGCUGGUUGCAGCGCUGCAUAAAGCCAACGCCAAUGUGGAGCAGUGGAAGAAACAGCUGUCUGCGUACCAGGAGGAGACAGAGCGGCUGAGAGAGCAGGUGGCUGAGCUGGAAGCACAGGCGGCCCGACACGCUGCCUGUGACAUUGGCAAGGACGAGCUGAACCAGUCCCUGGAGGAGCUGGAGGCCGUGCUGAAAGCAAAGGAUGAGGAAAUACAUCACCUGCAGAGCAAUUACAAUGAAGUGGAGAAAGAGAGGGAAGAGGCUGUGCAGAGGCUACAGGAAGUGGAGUCUCGUAACACAGAGCUGGAGAGGCGUGUGCACAUGCUGGAGCAGACUCUAUCGAACUCUCUGGACGAGCGCAGCCGAGCGGAGAGUGAGGUGCAGAGAAUCAUCGACAUCCUGGAUGUCAAGAUCUUCGACCUCACUGACCUGAGACAGAGCCUGGCCACACUGGUCCACAAGUAAACACCUGUCAGAGAGAUACAAGCACAGCACUCUGGGACCAGGCCAAGGGAAUCUAAAGCACAAAAUCAGUUAGCUCAAACUGAAUGUAGAACACAGCGUUAACUAGGUAGUAGUAGCAUUUGGGAAGUCUUUUUACAGGUAGUUUCACAAGAUGAAAGUGAGCUGUUUAGAUGCUUAAAUCUAGUACUGGCUGUUAGAUUUUUCAGUGUUAAGAUUUGAGGACAGUGUGAGAUCCCUUCACAGGGGUGUUUGUAUGUAUGAUAAAGGGCUCUGUGAUCAUAUAAUGGUGUGCCUGUUUUAAACUAAGUUAAGGAGCUCUGAUGUUAACCUGACUUUAAAAUGAUCUUAAAUUGAAUAACCUAGGCUAUAAA